GUUACGUUGUUACGCCCUAAGCCCUACAAUUCGCCAAAUUGGGAAUCGCAGAGAUCGCCGAGCUUGUGUAACGGUGAAAUCGCCGAGCUUCAGAGAAUAGAGAACGCCAAAAUCGCCGAGCUUGUGUAACGCCAAAUUGCCGGUUCUUUCCAAUCGCACGCAGAAGUUGCCGGUUCUUUUGAAUUGGGCACGCAGAAUCUGCCGAGCCUCCGAGCACAGAGAACGCAGAAAAUAGUCGUGCUUCCUGUGAGCAUUAUGUUCCUAAACCAGCUUUUGUCUGGGCUGGGAAGGGCAAACUGCAAAGGCAGUUGAAUUCUUGGUUACAGAUUUGUGGAGGAAUUCAACUCAAUUGAAGGUCAACCCUAGCGCAGACACUGUUCACAGCGGCACUUGGAGGGCUGAAUUUCUUUGGUUUGCAGCUGUUUUGAACUCCAUUUUUUGAGCCGAUUCGUCACCUCUCGCUCGGAGAUGUUGGUCCUGUUUGAAAACCCUGCUGGCUUUGCCAUUUUCAAGGUAUUGAACGAGGGAAAGCUUUCGAAAGUUGAGGAUCUAUGGAAGGAAUUUUCUACUGUGGAUUCCGCUCGCAAGGUUGUGAAGCUAAAAGCAUUCUUGAAGUUUGAGAAUACCGCAGAUGCAUUGUCUGCCACUACUAUGUUGAUCGACAGCAAGCCAAGCAAGGGGCUCCGCAAGUUCUUACGGCUCCAUUGUGAUGGAGAAACUCUUGCUGUAGCUGAUUCGAAGCUUGGGAAUGCUAUUAAGGAGAAACUGCAAAUUGACUGUAUCCACAACAAUACAGUUAUGGAGUUGAUGAGGGGGUUGAGAACUCAGUUGACUGAGCUUAUUGGUGGCUUAGGUGCUCAGGAUUUAGCUCCAAUGAGCUUGGGCUUAUCUCAUAGCCUUUCGAGAUACAAGUUAAAAUUCAGCCCUGACAAGGUGGAUACAAUGAUUGUGCAAGCUAUUAGCUUGUUGGAUGAUCUUGAUAAAGAGUUAAAUACUUAUGCUAUGAGAGUUCGAGAAUGGUACGGAUGGCAUUUUCCCAAGUUGGCUAAGAUUGUACAAGACAAUAUUUUGUAUGCCAAAGCUGUGAAGUUGAUGGGCGACCGUACAAAUGCUGCAAAACUAGACUUUUCCGAGGUACUCUCUGAAGAGGUUGAGACAGAACUGAAAGAAGCGGCAAUGAUUUCCAUGGGAACCGAGGUCAAUGACCUUGAUCUGGUCAACAUUAAACAACUUUGUGACCAGGUCCUCUCUCUCUCAGAGUACAGAGCUCAGUUGUAUGAUUACUUGAAGAGCAGGAUGAACACCAUCGCUCCGAAUCUAACUGUUCUCGUGGGAGAACUUGUUGGUGCUCGACUUAUUGCCCAUGGCGGUAGCUUGAUAAAUCUUGCAAAGCAACCUGGAAGCACUGUUCAGAUUCUUGGUGCAGAAAAGGCUCUCUUCAGGGCUCUGAAAACCAAACAUGCCACUCCUAAGUAUGGGCUAAUAUACCAUGCAUCCUUGAUUGGUCAGGCAGCACCCAAACAUAAGGGUAAAAUAUCAAGGUCUCUUGCUGCCAAAACUGCUUUGUCAAUUCGAUACGAUGCUCUUGCAGAAGGCCAAGACAGUACUAUGGGUUUGGAGAAUCGGGCCAAGAUUGAAGCACGGUUGAGAAACUUGGAAGGUAGGAGCUUGAGUCGUUCGGCAGGAUCUUCUAAAGGGAAGCCUAAGAUAGAGGUUUAUAACAGAGAUCUUAAAAAAGGUUCUGGGGCUUUGAUAACUCCUGCUAAGGUUUACAAUCCAUCUGCUGAUUCUGUACUUGGGCACACUGCCAAAGAGGAGAAAAAGAAAGGGAAGAAAAAGAUGGAUGUGGAAGCUUCUGUUGAAGAGACUCCUGCCAAGGAGGAGAAGAAGAAAAAGAAGAAGGAAGCAGUUGUUGCCAUGGACGAUGCUGGUGCUACGGUAGAACCUCAAAGCGAAGAUGCUGGAAGGAAAGAAAAGAAGGAGAAGAAGAAGAAGAAACAUUUAGCCGAGACUGAGCAGGUUGAGAAGAACGAGGAUAAUGCCGAAGCUGGAGAGAAGAAGAAGAAGAAACAUUUAGCCGAGACCGAGCAGGUUGAGAAUAACGAGGGUAAUGCCGAAGCUGGAGAGAAGAAGAAGAAGAAGAGAAAGCAUGCUGAGGCAGACAAGGAAGAAGAACCCGAAUCCAGCAAGAAGGAUAAAAAGAAGAAGAAGAAGAAGUCUGAAGAUUAAGGUGUCUACCUGGAACCUUUGUGAGUUAAAGCUAAGUCCUACAUUUCUAUUGCAUUUUGAGGGUUUAUAGGAGGAAGUGUAGAUGGAGGGGGCUGGUGCCCAUGAUGUGUUAAACUUAUCUAGUUUUCUGCUUUUUGUUAGUAUGUCUUGAAUAUGACCUUCCAAUGACAUUUUGCUUUUCAUUUAGUUUUGUUUCUUUAAUUUAACAAGAGGUGGUUUAAUUUCUGUGUUUU